AUGAUGACGAUACAGCUACUGCUCCGCCGCCAAGCUACGAAGGCACUUAAGCCCCAACUUUUCCCAUUCUCUUUCGCUCCUUCCUCAGCAUGCUUCUUGUCAACUGCUCCAGCCGACCCAACACCAUCACCUGACAAGAACAAGAAAGAGAAGAAAGAGGAUACCGAGACCCACUCCGAGCCCGUUGACGCUACUAGCGAGCCUGCCUACAAGGCUCAUUUCCUGGAAUCCAAGAACGUAGAUCCGCUUCGUACGACAAACGAAGACGGUGAACCUGUGUGGGAUCACCCCAUCAAGCACGCCGUCUACGACCUCGACAAGAUCACAACUGUGGAGCAGAAACACCACCCCGUCACCAAGAUGCACGAACGCGUCGCUUUUUCGGCGGUCAAGGCACUCCGUUCGGGUUUUGACAUCGUCUCGGGCUACCGUGGACCGGGAGGCGCGAUGACCGAAAAGGACUGGCUCAACCGUUGUCUUUUCCUCGAGUCCGUGGCAGGGGUGCCCGGCAUGGUAGGCGGCAUGUUGCGUCACCUUCGUUCGCUUCGCAUGUUCAAGCGCGACUAUGGCUGGAUCCACACACUACUAGAAGAGGCCGAGAAUGAGCGUAUGCACCUCCUGAUCUUCAUGAACCUCAAGCAACCGAACUAUUUCUUCCGUGCGCUCGUGGUUGGUGCACAGGGCGUCUUCUUUAACGCCUUCUUCCUUACGUAUCUGGUGUCGCCCAAAAUUUGUCACCGCUUUGUGGGGUAUUUGGAGGAAGAGGCCGUCAAGACGUACACGUACCUGCUCAAGGACAUUGAAGAUGGCCAUCUGGAUGCGUGGAAACAGAAGAAGGCGCCACUCAUCGCACAGACAUAUUACAAGCUACCAAAGGACGCGUCUGUGUACGACAUGGUCAAAUGCAUUCGAGCGGAUGAGUGUCACCACCGUGACGUGAAUCACACGUUUGCGAAUCUGGACCAGAAGAAGGGCGUAAAUCCCUUUGUGGAAAGCCACGACUAA